AUGUGUCAAGGAGCUUCAUCCUCAAGUCCGCGUAGCAAGAGGAGGCUCUUCAUUGCAUCCAGUACACUCUCAGGAGGUGGCGACUCAUCUCCUAGUGGAUCGUCCUCUUUCUGAUGAUGGCUUGUUCGUCGAUCAAUUGGAGAUGCUUUACUCAAUGAAUUUGCGAUCCUUUUAUCAUGAAUCGCUCAACAAUUUUAGUAACAAUGCUCCGCGAAUUGUGUUGACGAGGUUUUUGUCGAUGAUCUAGCAAUUCUAGUAGCUUAAUCCUUCACCGACGUUGUGUAGAAAAGUCGCGAUAAUCAGAUAAAAAAUAUGAGUUUUGGCCCAUGGAAGAUUCGAACCUGCACUAGUUGCCCGCCCGUUCUAUGGAAGGUGUGAUGUGAGUUUAGUUCGACAUCGCUUGUGCGCCAAAGUUUCUGGUGAAUAUAUAGUAAUAUUAUAUUUGCAAUCAAGUCCCUUUCUUGCACGUGUACGACCACUCUUUGCCCCAUAGCCAGCUGGCCACCGGUGACGUGGAAGGGGAGUGGCGCACACGUGCCUCCAUCAGUUCAAGUCGCUCGAGCCCCUACUCGCAGCUCCUCCUAACUGCUCGCGAGCGAGCGAGAGCAAGGGAGCUGACGUGACUUAGUCGUUGUAUAUUAAAUCACACAAAUAUAAAAUUUAUAAAACUAGAAAAUACGAAUUUUUUGAUAUUUAGACGGAUUUCUGAACAAAUAUAUCAAUUAUAAUUCAAUAAAACUUUUCAAAAAUAGCAGUAAUUUUCCAGGUCGAUCACAGGGAUGUAAUAUAAUAUCUAGUAAUUAUUCAGAAUUUUUCUCAAAGAAUACUAUUUUCUAUGAAUUUUAUACUAAGAAAUGAAAAGGAAAUAUAUUUAAAAUUCACGAAAAAAGGAAAUAAGGGUGCGGGUGUCAAGAUGACGUCAGCGCCCAGCGAACGCGAAUCGGGCGGAAACAUAGUUACGUCCGGCGAUUCUUACGUAAGCGAUUACACAUAAUUUAAUUGAUCAAAUUAAGAUCUAUAAAAGACGGAAGAAUCGUAAUGAAAUGAAGUAUAUGUUGGUAAAUUUAAAAUCAACAAAUUAUCACUAAAUGAAAUGAAAAUUAAGUUGAAAGCAGGAAAAUAGAGUUUCAGUGUCGUGACGGCGAUGAGUCGGCGAUGCAUCGGAAUCUUGAGCGUUCGGGAGGAUCGUCGUGCAGUGUCCACGGCCUCAAAGGCUCUCCUUGGACAAAGAUGACAUGGGCAAUCUCUAGAUCUUCUCGCAAAGUCUAGAGAUUAAUGAAAUGGGUCGUCGAGUCAUCUCUGGCGGCUGUCACCCGGCGGAGCGGAAAAACAGCGACUUUCCGGCUCUCUGGCAGUUGUCACCUAAUGGAGAGGAGCUGGAUGGAGGUGGGGCACGUGUCAGGGAGCUUCAUCCUCAAGUCCACGCAACAAGAGGAGGCUCUUCAUCGCAUCUAGUAUGCUCUCAGGAGGUGGCGACUCGUCUCCCAACGGAUUGUCCUCUUCCUUACAACAGCUUGUUCGUCGAUCAAUCGGAGAUGAUUUACUUGAUAGAUUUGUGAUCCUUUUAUCACGAAUCAUUCAGCAAUUUUAGUAGCAAUGCUCCGCGAAUGACGUUGACGAGAUUUUCGCCGAUGAUCCAGCGAUUCUGGUUGCUUAAUCUUUCACCGGCGAUCUGCAGGAAAGUCACGAUAAUCAGAUAAAAAUAUAUGAAUUUUGACUCUGGGAGGAUUCGAACCCGUGCCGAUUGUCCGCCCCCCCUUCUGAGGAAGGUGUGACGCGGGUUUAGUCCCACAUCGGUUGUGCGCCGAUUUUUCAGGCGAAUAUAUAGUAAUGUUAGCUUUUUAGGCAAAGUCCCUUCUCUCGCGUGUACGACCACUCUUUGCUUCACAGCCGGCUGGCCACCGGUGACGUGGAAGGGGAGUGGCGCACACGUGCCCCUAUCGGUCCAAGCUUAAGCCGCUCGAGCCCCUGCUCGCGGCUACUCCCGACUGCGCUUCCGACCCGCUUGCGGGCCCGGCUGGCCGGCGGGUCCCCCCAUUUUGCAAUAUUUUUAUUUCUUUUUCCUCAUUUAUCUCAAAAGUAAGACUGUAAAAAUCAGAUAAAUUUGUAUAAAAUCACAUAAUUACCCAAAAAAUCACAUUAAUCAACUGAAAACCACUUUUCACACUUUAACAUAAUUAUAAGUCUAUUUAUCACGAGUUAAGGCUAAAACUAUAUUAUUUACUAAUUAUUAACUCAUGAUAAUGAAGACUUAUCACACCCCCCAACUUAAAUCAUUGCUAGUCCCUUAGCAAUGGAAUUACGAAAAUAAAAAUUUACAAAUCUCAAACAUCAUAUUUCAAUACAGAAAGAAAAAAAUACAAUUAGAAAUGAUGCACCUUUAGACACUUUGGAUUCUUAUAUCAAGUAUUUAAGAAUGAUGUCAAGCACUUAAAUGUUUAAACACUCCUUGGAAUAACAAUCUAGACUUCACUUCUUCUAUUCACAUCUUUAUCACUUCUUCACUCAUAGAUGUAUUUACAAGAUGUUCCAAUUAUCAAUACUCAUCUAAGAAUAAUAUUGAUCCUACAUUUCCCUUUUUCUAUGGCUUGAUUUUUGAAGUUUGCACUAUAUUUCUUCUUUCUUUAUAUAUAGUGGAUAAGUAGCUUUUCCUAUAGAUAAAUUUCGACAAUAAGAAUGAUGUCUCACACCCUCCAUGUAUACUCUUCAUUUUCAGGGCUUUCACUUUAUCCACUCAUUUUUCAGCAAGUGUUUUUCUAUGCACAAUUUUUGACAAUGAGAAUGAUGUCUCACACCCUCCAUGUGUACUCUUCGUUUCUAGAUUUUUCACAUUGCUCUCUUUUUUUUCUUUUUUUUUUUUUUUCGAAAUAAGUGAUUUCUCCUCACAAGUCUUAUAGAUCAGGGUGCAAAAAUCUCCAUUAAACUCAAAUGAUCAAUCAAAUUUUCACAUCAAGUAAAUAUUAUCCAUCAAGAUCAUGAAGUGAAAAUCUGUAAAAUCAAAUCCAUGUUAUCUAUCAUGUAUCCAAGGAGUAUUCCAACAUUUCAUGCUACUAGAUCAUUCUUUUGACUCAAUAAUAAUCUUCCUAGUAUCUUUUGGUAUCAAUCAAUCUAAUUGAUUUAAUUUUUCAUGCAUGCAAUAUGAUGUAAGAAAUUUAUAAAUUAGAUAGUUCUGACAGUUCUGUUUUCUGUUUUCAGUUCUAUUUUUAGCAGCAAUAAAUUUGUCAAAAAUAAAUCAAAACUAUCUUCUUUAUAGCUGUAAUUUCGAAUUUCAGUAAUAUAUGUCUAGGGGAUUGAAAUGUGAGAAAAGGGUCUCUAUAAUUUCAAAUUUCGGGUUGUUUUUUUCGUCUGCUGUUUUUGACAGUCUGUUGUUACUGACAGAAAACCAGAAAAUAGAUGUUGCAAUUUUUCCGAAUUCGGCGAUCUUUUUUUAUUUUUUUAGUUGCUGUUCUAAGUUGAAUAAAAUGCAAACACAUGUUCUUAAUCGUCCUACAGCAUAA